AUGGUCGUCCAAAACUCACCCACAUCGCAGACCACGCCUGCCUCGCUGCCUCCCUCCGUCUUUACUCUUCCCCAGACCGCCCAGCUCGAGGCGCUCUUCACCAUCAUCCGGGACAAGGACACCAGCCGAGGCGACUUCCUCUUCUACUCCGAUCGCAUCAUCCGCCUCCUCGUCGAGGAGGGCCUCAACCACCUCCCCGUCCUCCCAAAAACUGUCACCACCCCUACAGGGUCGACGUAUGAAGGCGUCGGUUUCGAGGGCAAGAUCUGCGGGGUCUCCAUCCUCCGCGCCGGCGAGGCGAUGGAGGCCGGUCUGCGCGAGGUCUGUCGCAGCGUGCGGAUCGGCAAGAUCCUCAUCCAACGGGACGAGGAGACGGCACAGGCGAAGCUCUUCUACUCCAAGUUCCCUGCAGACAUCGCCCAGCGCUACGUCCUCCUCCUGGACCCCAUGCUCGCGACGGGAGGCUCGGCGAUCAAAGCGGUGGAGGUGCUCAAGGAGCACAACGUGCCGGAGGAGCGCAUCAUCUUCAUCAACCUGAUCGCGUCCCCCGAGGGCCUCAAAAACUUCUGCACCAAGUUCCCCCAGACGCGAGUGAUCACGGGCUGGAUCGACCAGGGGCUGAACGAGAAGGCGUACAUCAUCCCCGGGCUGGGCGACUUCGGCGAGCGGCGGUACUGUCUCUGA